CCUUUUCUUCUGCAACAUAAAAAGCCUCCACCCUUUCUCUCUCUUCCCCCUUCUUCUUCUUCUUCUUCUUCUUCUCUCUCCGCCCCCCUCCCACCACCUCCACCUUCUUUCCCUUCCAUCACCACCGCCAACUGGGAGGUUCUUACCUUAUUACAUCUGGGUGCGAACAUCUAUCAAAAAUUGGGUCCUUAUAUAAUUAUAAAGAAAGAUAAAGAAAUCAUGUCAGGACUAUAUAAUCCAAACUUCUCACCAGCAAGAGCAGUCUCUCCUCAGAUUAGAAGUGCCGCCGCUGCCUCUGAUGAUAGUCAAUACUUGACGGAGUUGCUGAAUGAACAUCAGAAAUUGGGUCCUUUCAUGCAAGUCCUCCCCAUAUGCAGCCGCCUCUUAAAUCAAGAGAUAUUGAGGGUUUCUGGUAUGUUGCCUAGUCAAGGUUUUGGUGAUUUUGAUAGGCGUCAACAUAGGAGCCCCAGUCCUAUGGCAUCUUCAAAUUUAGUUUCUAAUAUCCAUGGAGGUGGAUAUGGUGGAUGGAACGGCCUACAUCAAGAGAGAAUGAGUGGUCCACCUGGAAUGUCGAUGGACUGGCAAGGGGCACCUGCGAGCCCUAGCUCAUAUACUGCAAAAAAAAUAAUGCGGUUGGAAAUACCUGUCGAUUCAUAUCCAAAUUUUAAUUUUGUUGGUAGACUCCUGGGACCCAGAGGAAAUUCUCUGAAACGCGUUGAAGCCUCGACUGGCUGCCGCGUGUACAUUAGGGGUAAAGGAUCAAUCAAAGAUCCAGACAAGGAAGAGAAGCUUCGAGGAAGACCUGGUUAUGAACACCUGAAUGAGCCACUUCACAUAUUGAUUGAAGCUGAUAUGGCUCCCAACAUUAUUGACAUAAAGUUGCGCCAGGCUAAAGAAAUUUUAGAAGAAUUGCUAAAGCCUGUGGAUGAAUCGCAAGACUUUUACAAAAGACAGCAACUUCGGGAGCUAGCUAUGCUAAACUCAAAUUUUAGAGAAGACAGUCCUGGUCCAAGUGGAAGUGUAUCUCCUUUCAAUACUAGCGGGAUGAAGCGUGCUAAAACUGGACGUUGAAUAUUAUUUCUGAGAGUGAUGGAUGGAGCUACCUCUGCUAUGUGUCUGCGUUACGUGAAAACGUUCACCAUUCAAAAGUGUUGAACACAAGAGCUGCAUAUAGGGCAAAAAUUGUUGGUGGUGAGCAAUUGGUGGGUCAUUUCCCGUCGUUUUUCCUCCCUUCUCCUAUUGUAUUUGUCAUGUUAAAGGUUUUUUUUUUUCUUUUUUAAAUUUCUUUUAUGGGAGAAACAGUCUGGAAAGGGUAAAAAGGAAGAAGAAAGAAAGUAUUUCGAAAAGAAAAGAAAAGAAAAAAAAGGGGGGAAGUCAUUAUAGUGUUUUAGGGUCAAGUGUUUUUUUGGGGUCAAUGAGUCAGUGAGGUUGUUGUAAGUUGUAAGGUUAUUAUAUUCAUUGGAUUUAUUCAUGUGUUAGCAAAACGUGAACAGUGUGGGUAUAUAAAUAUAAGUAUGAAUAUUGCACA